ACAACACUUAGCGCGAUCGAUUCGUGGCUGGGUGAGUUCCUCAGUAUUUCGGAUGGGCGAGGGCACGUUAAAUUGGUGAGGUUACGGUUAUUAUUUGAACAUCUUUUUGUUAUUUUUUUUAUUGGCAAGUAUGUUGCAUGGGCAUAGAGAUUUAUUAUCUCUAUGAAUCUGACAAUGGCGUAAUGACAUAAUAUUAUUAUGUCAACUAAUCAGAGACGCGAAUCGAACGGCGAAUCGCGAAUGCAAACAAAACAAACGGUUUUAUUUUUGCUUGCCGCCUUACAUUUGGCUCUAAACGGUUGAAUAGGUUAUUGGUCGUGCAAAUUAUAUAAUGGCUCCUGAUGGUUCUAAGGUGAAAUGUUUUGUUUGCUGUGAUGAGUGAGACGGACGACACCGAUGUUCUCCUGCUGAUACCACCUAACUUCUUCUUGGUGCAAAGCUCUGGCUCCGAGGAUUCCUUGUUAGAAUCUUCUAGAACUGUCGUUCAUAAACCCACAUCUUGCACUGCGCAAGUACUCGGAAAAUUGGUAAACCAAGUGCAUACAUUGGAAUCGAGGUUAGAAAGUUUAGAGUUAAAUAGUGAUGCUUCCAGUCUCGGUACUAUAAGAAGGCCCAAAACGUGGGAUACCUCUGACAGCAUUGACAGUCGAAGUUUGGACCGCAAAAGUUUCACAUUUCCCCGCCGACGUAGAAGGAAAGCUUCAAAGAAGCUGAGAAACCGUGAUUUGUCUCUGACCAGCUUAGACUCAGCCAGCACACGAGACAAGACGAUUCCACCUUUGAAAUUAAAUGAAUUCGAGCAUUUUCACAUUAAACCCUCAGACAUUAUUAAUGACUUACAAAGUAUGGAUGGUGAAAUAAGCAGUAUAGUAUCAACCCCAAGUAAGAAGAAUGAUAAAUUGCUUCUUCAUGAAAUAGAUGAAUUUCUUACAAAAGUUGAAAACUAUGAGAGCCCCAACACAAAAUACAAAGACCAUGAGUCAGCAGUUAGUCCGGAAAAUGUAAUAAAGGCAACAGGAGAUUACAUAGCGCAGAAACUAGACUCAAACAGUAAUCUGGAGGAGGUGAAGCUGCCUAGUGGCAGAGUUGUGUCUAGUAAUGUUCUUGAUAAAUAUAUUUACUUAGUGAAAAACAACUCACCAUCAACAAAAACAGAUAAGCCUUACUGUUCACUUAGCUACAAGGGCAACAAUGAAGAACCCGGCACCAGCCAAGUUGACAGCACAUCCAAGGUGUCUUCAGAAACAUCCAAACAGGAGACUAGAACUGCCAGUAUGAGGAAGCUGAACUUUUCUGACAAGGAUGUGCAGCCAACAUCAACACCUAAAAGAGCACAAUCAAGUUACUUGGAUUCCUUCAGGCCUUCCUCAAAUAAAAUAUAUGAUAGAGCAUCAAAAGUGCUCGAGCAGUACAAGUCUCAGAGCUACAGCAGGAAUACUCAGGGAUCCAUGACAGACAGCUACCUGUCGCCUAAGAAAGAAGAGUUCAAAAUGCCACAAAUGAGACCUUUUUGCCCUGACAAUAAGGAUGGGGCAAAGCUCAGCUCCAUGCAGAAUAAAUACUUGGAGUCCAUCGAUACAGAUUUGUUGAGCUUAAGCGAGCUGUGGGGGGAAAGGGGAGAGAGAGGCGAAAGAGUUGACAGUGUUAAGCUGGAAGAAGAAAGGCUUAAGAGAGAGCACUGUGAGUCAAUGAUACAACAACUGCAAAAAAAGAUUUUAGAACAACAACAGAAGUUAGCAGUAGCUGUAAAAGUGGACCGAGCCAAGGAUGCAGCUAUCGGUAAACUAAGAGAGGCCUGGCUGAAGCUGACAGGCAACUUGGACAAAGCGGAGGAGAGGCAUCGUGGAGCUCUCGAGAAGAUGGUCAGAGAAGUGGAGAACUUUAGGAUGGUAGCUGAUGAUGCUCAAAAGAAAACCAGCCACUUUGAAGCGGAGCUGUAUAAAACUUUAGAUCUUGCGCAUGAUUAUCAAGAGAAGUGCAAACAACUGACCGCAGACAAAAAACAACUUGAAGAGACAUCGCGUAACGUCACCGCUGAAAAGGAUGAUCUUAUCGCCAAAAAAGAUAAAGAAAUUGAAAUUCUGAAGGAAAACUGUGAAACAGUUAUGAGAUUAAACAAACAGUCUACGGAUUGUGUUAAAAAUUUGGAAGAUGCUCUCGAAAAGGAAAAAUCAAGACAUAACGAGACCAAUGCCAAAAUUAGUGAAUUGAACUGUAAGAGUCAGUCUAUGCAGGAUGCGAUGUUACUCAUUGAACAGGAGCGAGACUUGCUUAAAGACAAAGUGAAUGAGGAAAGAGCAAGGAACAACCUUCUAGAAAGGCAGUUGGGAGAUCAACAGAACCACGCCGCUGACCUCAUGAAACGAUGUGACAACUUGGAAGUGGAAUUGAAGACAGUUCGUAAACACUUAGAGCUGCAGAAGUCGGAGUUGAAGUGCCACUAUCAGAAGCAGCUGGAAGAUGCCGUGCUGGGCAAGCUGCAGGAGUUCCAGCAUCAGCUCGACGCCGCAGAGCGCGACAUGGAGGCUGAAGCGAAAGCCAAGGAGAACAUCCUCAUUGAUACUUACAAUAAGCAGAUCUCCAGGAUUGAAGAACAGCACAAACUAGAAGUGAACGUUUUGGAAGAGAAACAGCGAGAAGAGAUCAAACUCUACAGGCUGCAGCUCGCACAAGCCAGCGAGAAGAUCGGCUUGCUCGAGAGCAAGCUGGAGUCGUUCCGGCGUCGGCGCGGAGCCCUGGCGGCGCAGCUGCACGGCGUCAUGCAGGCGCAGUGGAGGCAGGCGCUGCGCCUGCUCACCAGCUCCGGCGCGCACUCCUUGUCAUCACCGGUACCGGAUUACGGCAAGGUGCCUCCGUUAACGUUGCCGGACCGAGGCCUGGUCCGGUCUGACGGACGGACGGACGUGCGGCCUGACGGACGCUCGGACGACAAGUUCAGUUUCGACGGUCUGACGGACACUGAGCUACAACAGUACGUUAAACUGCUUUUAACGAAGCAGCCUAAUUUGGACGGUAGCGGCGAGGGUCUGGCAACGGACUUGCAUCGCGAGCUCAGCGAGGAGCCCACCAGCGACCGACCGACCGACCCGCCCGACCCGCCCGACCACGACAAGCGCGACAAGCGACGCAACAAGCCGCCAUGGAAGGCAUAGCGAGUACAAGCUGCGGACUGCCAGCAAUAUCACGACAUCUGCUGUACGAUCACCAACAAAAAUACAUGAUCUGUAUCAAAAUUACAAUUAACCAAUUUAUAAUUACACAUUGUGCUACCAAUUUAGAGUCAAACUGUAGGUCCAGGCUAUAAUUGAACAUCUUUGGCAGUCGUACGGGUAGUCAGAAGCCAGCACGUCUGAUAAUCAGUCUUACCAAUUGGUAUUGGGUUAUCCGGGUAACUGGAUUGAGGAGGUCAGAUAGGGCAGUCGCUCCUUGUAAAACACUGGUACUCGGGUACAUCAGGUUAGACUGGAAGCCCACCCCAACUUAGUUGGGAAAAGACUCGAGGGAUGAUGAGCUACACAUUGUGGAACCCAAAAAUUCGAAAGUACAAAACGCUAAACAAAGCUUUUGUAUUUGAGAUUUCAUUGUUUAGGUAUCUAUUUUGUAACUUUGACUAUGUAUUUUGUAUUUAUAGUUUUGUUCAAAAGAUUUUGAUGUUCCAUUCCAUGUUAUUUUGUUCUGUUGUUGCGACAGUUAUUUUGGGUGAGUUGCCCAAUGUUAAAAUAAAGUUAACUACAUUAAAGUUUCCCUUACCCCCGCACUCAGAGACAUUUAAUGAUUACUCAAGUCACUCCUUAGUGACGGAUUGCCGAGGUGUUAGUGUUUAACUAUUUUGUAAUUUUGAUUUGGUUAAUGGUUUUCUUGCUAAUCGUACAUCAGCAUUCGUGAAAUAUCUUUUCCCCUCUGAAGUAGAGAAAUAUAUAUUUGGGUGUUAAUUGCAGCUUUUAUUGAAGGUUUGUACAUUAAGAAAUAUAUUCUUUAAAUAGAAUUAUAAAUAUGAGUUAAUGAAAUCCGAUCCAUAUGUCUUAAAAAAUAUUUUUAGAAGUACUUAAAGCCGAGUUCAUAGGUUUAGUUGAGUUCGUUAAACAAAUAGAACUAUGUUAUGUUUGUUGGUCCACAUUUAUAUAAAUUACGGGGAAUCAAAUUAAUAAAGUCAUAAAGCGGGGUUUUUCACAGAUAAGUUAAUGGCCUAAACUGAAAGAAUGAAUUGUACAGAAGGUGCGUGAUUUUAUUGUAGUACAAAAAUAUUCACAGGGACUAUGUAUCUAUUUAUAAACCUAAUUCAGUAAAUAUGUAUUCAAAUAACUAUUGCUGAGAUAUAUAUGUUUUUCAAUAAAAUUUAUAUACCGUCGUAUAUUCGACAUAUAACUUCAUUUUGUCUAGUUUCCACAUGUCCAUGACAUACUAAUUAAUAAUGUUUGUGUUCAUAAAAUAUUGUCCUCCUUUAUAUCCGCCUAUAAAUUGCUGGUGUUGCCAGAUUAUGUUGUCAGUUCCCACCGACAUACACUUUCUCAAUAUAUACCUAAGUUUUCAGAAUGCUCAUAAGUUUUUGUAUGUAGUUUUCUAAGAUACUUAAUAUGUAUGUUUAUUAUAAAAAUAUGUAAAGAAUAAAUUUGUUUCUAAUUAACACUUUAAAGUAAGAUAUAGGUACCGUAAAAUGAGGUUACUUUGCUCCGGUUUUUGCUCCAAAAUUUAAUAUGUGUUACUCACGCAAAAUACCUCUUUGAUACGGCUUUUCAGAAAAUUUUACAUGACUCAUUGAUCCUUCUGGAUCCAAUAUUUAAAAUGACAAACAUAAUUAUUUAAUUUAUUUAUUUUAUUUUUUUUUAUUUAAAAGUGGAGCAAUGUUACCCACCCUUUCGGAAACAUUGCUCCUACAUUUAACUUGUACUAAAACAGGCACAUUUAAGAAACAGGGACAAAGUUAACAGCCUCAGCUGUUAAAUUGCUCCAAAAAUAAAUAGCGAUGCAUCAACUUUUGAGUCUUUCUCGUCAUACUGAUGUAGUUUGAAUGAAAUAAAACUCAAAAUAAACAACAUAAGGAACAUUUUUUAUUUGUACUUUCAGAUAAAUCAGUCUUAGAAUCAUUUUCUCUUAAGUCUAAUAAACUAUCAAAACCACCAAAGGCUACAUAAAUCUCUAGAAACAUGUAAACUUUUAGAAAUAACAUAAAAAUAAGAAUUUCUAACGCUAGACAUUAGAAACGUGAAAAAAAAGAACUAAAAAUACCUUCUAAAAAAACUUAUGAGGAUGAACAAUCAUAUUUUUAAUAAUUAUUGAGAUCUUAGGUCCCCCAAAUUUGAUCGAGAUCAGGAACAGUAUAAAAUUCACGUCGACCAAUUUUCUUCGGUGCAGAUAUACAUCCAAGAACUUCAUUCCAAGUGUAUUGGAUCUCAUCCUUUGGUUUUGGCCAUUUCCAAUAUUUGAGAGACCUUUUCAUUGAGGAUAUGUACGGUCCUUUAUCAUUGAUUUUCGUGAUGAUGCCUGGGAAGACUUCCCCUUCGUAUGUGAAAGCUACAUAUUCUCCUUCGGCCUUUAUGAGUGGUUUAAAUUUUUUUGUUUUAGAACUUUCCCUGGCAUUGUCUACGGUUGUCUCUUCUUCUGACAUUGUCUCCAGCAUAUCAUUCAUUGUUUCAUCGUUUGAAGAGUCAUGAAGAGAUAUUUCACUCUCGGCAUAUGUACUGUCGCUAUGAAUUCUUGUACGACGAGGUUCUGAAGUCGAGGCCUGGGCUUCCAUUUCAAGACAUGGCUCCUCGUUUUCUUUGUCCGCCAGUGAACUGUCUAUCAGCUCCGUGACACUUCUUCCCGGAACUAUGUUGAGUUUCGUUCGUCGUCUUUUCGGGUUAACGCCUCCAGUCCAUUCCACUCUCUUGGCUUGAAGUGUUUCCAAAAAAGAAUUUUCUGCCGCAGUCUUAUCAACAGGUUUAGGCAAUCUCUCUAAUAAGGCAUUUGCAUUGGUCGGAUAAAUCCCACAUUUCCUGAAACCGGAUUUUAAGUUUUCUUUUCUAUUUUCUUCUAAAUCCGCAAGAAGUUUUUUAAGUAAGACUGGAAAACUGCUCUUUUGAACAGUUUUUUCCCGUAUGCCUUGUUCGCACUGCUUCCAUGUCGUUAGAAUUUUCCGCCAUGCAACUUUCAUUGGAUGAAAGAAGGCGACAUCGAGUGGUUGCGUCAAGUGGGUGCUGUUCGGAGGAAGACACACGAACCGUAUGUUAUUUUCUUUGCAAGCUUUAAGAACAUCUACCGAAAUAUGUGACGAUAGAUUGUCGCCUAUGAGGACUUUAGGGCCUUCCUGUUUUUUGAGCUUUGGCAGUACAAGUGCGAAAAACCAGUCAUUGAAUAUGUUCAUGUCGAACCAUCCGGAAGGACUACAAUUGUAGCGAGUAUUUUUCGGCCCAUUUUCUGUCCAAGUAUUCCAUAGCUGCUUAGAUUUAUAGACGACGUAUGGCGGAAGUAAUUCUCCUUCAGCACUUCCAGCAAACAUGAUCGAUGUAGAACUUUUGGAUGUAUCUCUUAUAAUUUCGGGGUAUUUGGUGCCUCUUCUCGUCAAAAUCUUUUUUUGCCCAGGGUCAUCACAUAAAUUCGUCUCAUCGUAAUUCCAAAUAUUUUCUGGUGGAACAUCUUUUAACACCUCUGCUAAAUUUUGAAUAUAAUCUGAAAGAGUUUCCCGAUCAGUGCCAGCUCUACUGCGCUUUAUAUUAGCAGCGAGGCGCUGUGACAAUUCAGCAUUUCUUUUCAAAAAACUCGACACCCAUUCCAAGCCUGGGCAGUUGUUUUUAAACUUGGGAACUCUUCUCCCAAUCUUGUCCAGAUAAGAUUGUAUUACAAUACGCAAAUCGAAACUUGUAAGAGGAAAACCAUGCUCGCUCAAUUUUUGUAUGCACGAUACGAAAAUUUUUUCUUCUUCCUCCGUGAAUGUUGUAGGUGCUCCAGGCGGCCUUGGUGUUUCGUUGCGUCGUAAGAGCCUAAUUUGGUUUAUAAUAGUCCUUCGUGGAAUCCUAUAUAUUUCACUAGCCUUCCUUUGCGUUAAUUCUUUAUUUUCUAUUGCUGCUAGACAAUCUCGAAGAGCCUCUUGUGAAUAAUUUUUAUAAUUUCUUUUAGGCAUUUUCCUUACAUAAUUCCGAGGCAUUUUCCUAUAAAAAAAAAAAAACUAUUUGAAUUUAGUAUGAGCUAUGUGACAGUUACUAUUAGCAAGUAUUCAAACGCAAUUUCAAUUGUAACUUUGCUCCAGGAGCAAAAUAUCCCCAAACAUGGCGCAAAGUAGGCACAAGAAAGUAAAAGAGGUUAGAAAUCCAAAUUAAUGCACAUAUUUUCUAAAUAUUAGUUGAAAUUGUUAGCUAAUUACAUACCUACUUACAUUAAACUCUCCUUACCUCAAAUAUCUGAGUAUAUUCGUCGAUGAAGGUGGAUUUUGCAGACUAUUUUUUUUUUAAGAAUCGCUCGUCUGUUGUUAAUGGCUGCUAACGAAGAAAAGAAAUGUCAAAAACCGGAAGUGCUUAUUCAGUGUUGCCAAUCUUAUAAAACAUAUAUCGGACGCGUUCAAAAAUUUUUAAACAUCUCCGUAUAUUAAGAGAUUUAAUCGAAAUAAUCUUUUUUUAAAUUUGGAGCAUAUUUACCUUCAUGGAGCAAAGUAGCCUCAUUUUACGGUAUCAUAAUUUUAUAACCAAUAUUGUUAUGAUGUUACAACAUUCCCGAUGGCACUCCAUAUUUUAAAUGUUGAUAAAAUAAAUUAUACUUUUUUAAA